UGGAAUGGUCCGCUCCGCACAGCCGCGACACGGCCGCUGCUCACAGAGCUGAGAGACGUUAGUGAGCCUGCCAUUGCUGUGUGUGAUGCCUCCUCCUCUUCCCAACUUUUCAUCCAGCGGUCAGCGACGAUACGUUUAAAGAAAGAAGCCCGUGUUUUCCCCCUUUUUUUUAUCCCUCCAACUCAACUCCAGUUUCUUCCAUGACUCGGUACCUGACCGGAGCAACGCUAGCGCUACGGGCACCGAAGAUAAGAUAAUGAACUUUGGACUUUACGGACGGCUUUUCGUGACAUGUUUCCCGUCGUCCUGGAUAAAAUAAAAUAACAGCGUAGCCCGGCGUGGCGGCAGCUGGGCUAAAAAAAUUCAACUGCAGAGGAAAACAGCGCACUCUCCCAAGUGAUUAUCGAAACGUAGACAGCGGCAACUUUUAACCUGUCACUUUUGAAGGGGAAUAGGAGAGAAAAAUGUCCUCCAAAGCUACAAAUAAGAGUGCAGCGAUGGAGGAAACGGUCAUAUGGGAACAGCACACGGUGACCCUUCACAGGGCUCCUGGAUUUGGGUUUGGCAUUGCCAUCUCAGGUGGACGAGACAACCCACAUUUCCAGAGUGGAGAGACCUCCAUUGUUAUAUCUGACGUGUUGAAAGGAGGUCCAGCAGAGGGACUUUUACAAGAAAAUGAUCGUGUCGUGAUGGUCAAUGCUGUGUCUAUGGAUAACGUAGAGCAUGCCUACGCUGUGCAGCAACUCCGGAAGAGUGGCAAGAAUGCAAAGAUUACUAUUCGUAGGAAAAGGAAAGUACAGAUCCCCGUCUCGCGGCCAGGAGACAGAGAGACAAUGUCAGAGCACGAGGAAGAUGAAAGUGAUGAGGAGGAUGGCUAUGAUCCCCACACUGGUGGCCAAAGUGCCUAUGGAGGCGCAAGCGGGGGCACAGGCACUGGCAGGCGCCAGGAUCGCGAGCGUAGCAGCAGCGGCAGGCGGGAUCACAGUGCCUCGCGGGAGAGGAGCGUCUCGCCGCGCUCCGAUCGCCGAUCACAAGCCUCAUCUGCGCCACUCAAACCUGCCAAGAUCACGCUCGUCAAGUCCCGCAAAAGUGAAGAGUAUGGACUCCGACUGGCCAGCCACAUCUUCGUGAAGGACAUCUCCCCCGAGAGCCUUGCUGCCAGAGAUGGAAACAUCCAUGAGGGAGAUGUCGUACUCAAGAUCAAUGGCACAGUCACAGAGAACCUGUCACUGGUCGACGCCAAGAAGCUGAUCGAGAGGUCAAAGGGCAAGCUGAAGAUGGUGGUGCAGAGAGACGAGCGCGCCACGCUGCUCAACAUUCCCGAUAUGGACGACAGUGUCCCAUCAGCUAAUAAUUCUGACAGAGACGACAUUUCAGAAAUACAUUCACUGACAUCAGAUCAUUCCAAUCGAUCCCACGGGCAUGGUAGUCGAUCACGUUCACCUGACAGGCCUGAACUAUCGGAUCAUCUCCGUCAUUCACCUCGGCAGAUCAGCAAUGGCAGCAGCCAUCGAAGUCGCGAUGAGGAUCGUGUUUCUAAACCAGGGGCCAUGUCCACACCAGUCAAAAGCUCUGAUGAUGGAGUCAUGUCACAGGCCAGCGACCAGGCCAGUUCCAGAGAUGACAAGUCGUUACCCCCACUGCCUGAACCAAAGCCAGUUUAUGCACAGCCUGGUCAGCCUGACGUGGACCUGCCUGUCAGCCCCUCAGAUGCCCCAGUUCCCAGCGCCGCUCAUGAUGACAGUAUUCUCAGGCCGAGUAUGAAGCUGGUCAAGUUCAAGAAGGAUGAGAGUGUCGGUCUGAGGUUGGCAGGAGGGAACGAUGUAGGAAUAUUUGUGGCAGGAGUUUUGGAGGACAGUCCUGCUGCCAAGGAGGGACUCGAGGAGGGAGACCAGAUUCUCAGGGUGAACAAUGUGGACUUUGCUAACAUCAUCCGGGAGGAGGCUGUGCUGUUUUUGCUCGAUCUCCCUAGAAGAGAAGAAGUCACUAUUCUGGCUCAGAAGAAAAAGGAUGUGUACCGCAGAAUCGUGGAAUCAGACGUGGGCGACUCCUUUUACAUUCGGACACAUUUUGAGUACGAGAAAGAGUCACCGUACGGCCUGAGCUUUAACAAGGGCGAGGUGUUCCGCGUAGUAGACACGCUCUACAAUGGAAAACUGGGUUCCUGGCUCGCGAUCCGGAUUGGCAAGAACCAUCACGAGGUGGAGAGAGGCAUCAUCCCAAACAAGAAUAGAGCUGAACAGUUAUCCAGUGUGCAGUACACCCUCCCCAAAACACCAGGGGGCGACAGAGCCGACUUCUGGAGAUUCCGAGGACUGCGAAGUUCCAAGAGGAACUUGCGUAAGAGCAGGGAGGACCUGUCGGCCCAGCCUGUUCAAACCAAGUUCCCCGCUUAUGAGCGGGUGGUGCUGAGGGAAGCUGGGUUCCUAAGACCAGUGGUUAUCUUUGGACCAAUAGCAGAUGUGGCCAGAGAGAAACUGGCCAGACAGGAACCUGACGUUUUUGAACUAGCAAAAACACAGAAACAACAAGGAGGGGAAAAGAGUGAACCCAGAGACGCAGGGAAGGACCAGAAAAACUCUGGCAUCAUUCGCUUGCACACCAUUAAACAGAUAAUUGAUCAGGACAAGCACGCCGUGCUGGACAUCACCCCUAAUGCAGUGGACCGUCUGAAUUAUGCUCAGUGGUAUCCCAUCGUGGUCUUCCUCAACCCAGACACCAAACAGGGCGUCAAGAACAUGAGGACCCGCCUCUGCCCCGAGUCCAGGAAGAGCGCCAGGAAGCUUUACGACCGAGCUCUCAAAUUAAGAAAAAACAACCACCACCUCUUCACCACAACCAUUAACUUGAACAGCAUGAAUGAUGGUUGGUUUGGAUCUCUGAAAGAAAUAAUCCAGCAGCAGCAGAACCAGCUGGUGUGGGUUUCGGAGGGCAAGGCUGAUGGAGCAACUGAGGAUGACCUGGACAUUCACGAUGACCGCCUGUCGUACUUGUCUGCACCUGGUAGUGAGUAUUCCAUGUACAGCACCGACAGCCGCCACACCUCCGACUAUGAGGACACGGACACGGAGGGCGGCGCCUACACCGACCAGGAGCUGGACGAAACGCUGAACGACGACGUGGGCCCACCCACCGAGCCUGCCAUCACCCGCUCCUCGGAGCCCGUCCGCGAGGACCCACCCGUCAUCCAGGAGCCCCCCGGCUACGCCGGCUACCAGCCCACAGUGCAGCCAGACCCCCUGAACCGCAUCGACCCGGCCGGGUUCAAGGCAGCAGUGCCGCAGCAGAAAGCAGAAGCCGCUGCUGUCCCUAGCAUCCCCCAGCAGCCUGAGCCCCUGGCUGAGACAUUGCCCCCUGCUGUCGACGUUACUGUAAAAACUGUAGGGGGUCUGAGCCCUGACGAGGCUCCUGCAGCUCCCCUCAGGCAGCCAAGCCCCAACCCAGAGGCUGGCUCGCUUAGGAGGCCCACACCUGAGCUAGCCCGUCACACCGUCACACCAGAACCUCUACUGUCUGGACUGGCCAGUUCUGAACCAAAGAUGUUUCAAAAGGAUCCGUACAACACUGACAACACCGGGAGAAUCAGUCACAGUAUGAAGCCUGCGACGUACAACCCUCAGCAGGGAUAUCACCCUGACCAGCAGCCGUACAGAGAUUACGACCAUCCUCCCAAUCGCUAUGAUGUCAGCAGCAGUGGAGUCAGCAGCGGGGGUGGUUACCCAGAACCAAAAUAUCGCAAUUAUGACUCUAACCUCCCCUACGAGAACAGUGUGCCUCACUACGACCAGCAACAGUGGAGCCCCUACGGCCAGCCGCACUCUACUGCCAAUUCCCAGAGCUACGAUCCCCGUUUGCCGUACGGCGAAGGACCCGACUCCCCGAACACCCCUCCUCCUCGCUACGACGAGCCUCCACCUCAGCAGGGAUUCGACGGACGGCCUCGCUACGGCAAACCGACCGCUCCGGGACCUGUACGUUAUGAUGAGCCUCUGCCUCCUGCUCCAGGGCCUGACCUGCACUAUGACCAGGAUUCCCACCUGACUCCAUACCCCUCUGCUGCCCGCUCCCCGGACCCUGCAUCCCAGCGGCCGAGCUAUAACCUGGGACCAGCACUGCAGCAUAAAGGCUACAAAACUCAGCACUAUGACCCUACGCCUGUGAACUCUGAAACAAGCGUCACACCUCCUCCCAGAGUAGAGAACCCCUCCCCCGUGGACACUCCGAAGCCCGCACCUCUCAGAGACGAGAGGCGGGAGGACGAUCCCGCCAUGAAGCCACAGUCGGUCCUGACGAGGGUCAAGAUGUUUGAGAACAAGCGCUCUGUGUCCGUGGACCGAGCCAGAGAUGCAGGAGAGUCAUCUGCGAACAAGGCAGCUGAUGUACCCUUGAAAUCAGGCGGAGUAAUCCCCAAAGCAAAUUCACUGAGCAACCUGGAUCAAGAGAAGACCUAUAGAGCUCCAGAGCCACAGAAGCCUCAGUCCACAGUAGCGGAUGAUAUUGUGCGCUCCAACCACGACAACCCCGACGAGGAGGAGGACUACUACAGGAAGCAGCUGUCUUACUUUGACCGCCUCCAAACUGGCCCCAACAAACCCCAGCCACAAGCACAACAAACGACCUUCAACUAUUCCAGGACGGAGACGGUGGAGAAACCAAGUCCAGUGGAGAAAAAAUACGAGCCUGUUCCUCAGGUGACCCCGACCCUGCCGCCAGCCACACUGCCCAAACCCUCAACUGAAGCCAAGCCUCCAGCGCGAGAAGACACUGUUCAGAGCAACUUCCUGCCUCAUAAGAGUUUUCCCGAGAAGUCCCCGGUGAACGGCAACAGUGAGCAGCCUCCCAAAGCAGUCACGAGCAGCGGGGCUCCACCAGCAUCCACCUACAACCGCUUCACCCCCAAGCCCUUCACCACCUCUGCCCGGCCUUUUGCCCGCAUGUUCGACAGUCCCAAAUUCAACCACAACCUUUUGCCCAAUGACAAGCCUGACACUGCUCCAAAGGGUCCGAGCAUCACCUCAGUGAAGCCUCAGAUUCCUCCACAGCCCCAGAACAUAGAUCACGACAGCGGCGUGGACACGUUCACGCGCACUAUCGAGCACCGCCCCAAAUACCAGAACAACAACAUCAACGCUGUGCCCAAGGCCAUUCCUGUGAGUCCCAGUGCUCUGGACGACGACGAGGAUGAAGACGAAGGCCACACCGUAGUCGCCACAGCGCGAGGUAUCUUCAACUCGAACGGCGGUGUCCUGAGCUCCAUCGAGACGGGCGUCAGCAUCAUAAUUCCCCAGGGUGCCAUUCCCGAAGGUGUGGAGCAGGAGAUCUACUUCAAGGUCUGCAGAGACAACAGCAUCCUGCCACCGCUCGACAAAGAGAAAGGAGAGACUUUGCUCAGCCCUCUGGUGAUGUGUGGACCUCACGGCCUUAAGUUUUUGAAGCCCGUGGAGCUGCGCUUACCUCACUGUGCGUCAAUGACCCCUGAUGGUUGGUCUUUUGCUCUAAAAUCCUCCGACUCCUCGUCGGGUGACCCUAAAAGCUGGCAGAACAAGUCUCUUCCCGGUGACCCCAACUACCUGGUGGGCGCCAACUGCGUCUCCGUGCUCAUCGACCACUUUUAAAGACGGGGCGAUGCGACGAGUGGCGUUCGAGAAUGUGGAGCCCCUGGUGGAUAAAAUGAAGACACACACACACACACUGAUGAACGCAUGAAGAAGAUCCAGUCAGUGCUGUUUACUGCAGCCACAGAUGAAGGCGAGAGACUCCGAUGAUCACUACACGCUGUUCUUAUCCAUUUUUUCCCCAAUAUGAAGUUUUGAUGUGAAACCAUUGAUGCAUGUUCCACCGUCGCUGAGGCGUGACAUUUAUUAUAAAGGUGAUGUUUCAUGUCAUAUUUCUUUCUUUUUUUUUACAUAAAUAUAGGUGGAUGGUUGGCUUUCGAUGCCUAACAUGCUUCACACAUAUUUAUGCUAUAUAUGCAUACAGUAUAUAUAGUAGUAUAGAGAAGAUUUAAUAAAAUUGUACUCAUGAAUUCAGUCAACAUCUUGUUUUUACAGUUGAGGUGACUGAGAAGAAGCACGUAGCUCGACAUGUUUGUGUGUUUUUUCCUACAUCGAGGGGGAUUUUUUGAGAGCGAGAGGCGGUGACAUUUGCAGGUUUCUGUCGAAGGAAAAUGGCAAAAAAAAAGCAUGAGCUGGAUAUGAAGUCAAGCAGCACACUUUUUUAGAGACGCUCUUCCUUCCUUUGUUCUUCCUUCUUCCUACAGUGAGAACUUGUAGCUUUCUUUUCUUCCCUCAUCUCUCCUUGCAGCCUGAGGGAGAUCUAUGCAUGUUCUUUACUCAGGUCUAGUAGUCUCCUCACUUCCCUCCUCACAUCUACUCCUCUCUCUCUCUUUUUUUAUCUUCUGUGCACUCUGACACACAAAUAAGCAGUGAUGCCUUAUCUGCAGAUUAUUCACUUUUCAUCAAAGGAAAUAAAUAAGUUAUGAUAUGAAUAAUGGUAUGUUGUUUUGCCAUUUCAUUUUAACGUAAACCCACUGUAUAAAUGAACUUGGGUUUCGCUCACAAUAACGGUCGAUAACAAAGGUUUGCUCUUCUUUUAUCUGCUAUGCAUUACUUCUAAGAAAAAAAAAACCAGAAAAGAUGUGUUUGUAAAUAAAUCUAGCAUAUUGCCUUGUUUCUUUUUUGUUUGUAAAUGGAACUUUUUUGUAUGUCUUUCUUUUUUGUAUAAAACUGAGAGAAAAACAUGUUUUAAAAAAGUGGACGAGAGAGUGAACUCGGUUUUGUCUUUGUAUUCUGGAUAAAAACCCUCGAGCCUUGGAACUUAGAACCUAACAAUAAACACACGACUCAUUUUCUACAAACAUAUUCACCCUUAUGUUACAAUACACAAGUCUUUUUAUGGCUAUUUAAGGAUCAGGAAAAAGUACUUGGGCUGAAUGACAUUUAAAACAUGUUCUUUUUUAAAAAAGGGUGUGUUCCUCUCACUGAGUUGUCAUUACUGGAUGCUGUAUUGUGUGCCCUUAAAUGUAUUUUUGUACUAAUAGACAAUAUAUAAUGUAUGGCACACCACCAGUACCUUUUUCUUUUUUUAGAUAUAACACUGCUUUCAUUGGAUAUUAGCUCUUCACGUGUGGCUGACAUUUUUUUUUCUCCUCUACAACACAAUUUUAAGUAUACCACUGUAUUAAUAAAUAAAAUCAUUUUUAAAGUAAA